AUGAGAGGGAUUUCCCCCAGCUGCCGUCUGAGGAAGGGGUCUGUGGCCGGGGAGCACAGCCUAGGAGAGGGAGGCGGGAAAGUUUUCGGUCUCUGUCCCCGAAAGCCAAUGGGGCGCAGGUCAGGCUGGGGAUACGUCUUGUGCGAGGAGCCGGUUGCUCCUGUUAGGCACCCCUUACAGCGGGGGAGACCCAGCCCACGCCCACGGCCCCGCAGGUGGUCGUGGGGGAACCUGAGAAGCAAAAGCGUCGUUUCCCGAGGAGUGGGCUCCCUCGGGACACCGCGGAAUGGUCCUAAAACCUCUCGAGCCCCGGCGGUGCCAGCGCCCGGGAGCUGCCGGCCCCAAAGGCUGCCACCCGGAGCUGCUGGUGAUACUUUAUGGGAUCUUGCCAUAGCCGAAGUGGAGAAGAGAGGGAACACCGAUGACGACGAAGAGCAUGUGGAAGUUUGGGAAAAAUCGAUGUUAUUUAUGGGAAAUAAAAAUGGGGGAAAAACUACUAUUAUACUGAGGUGUCUGGAGAGGGAAGAGACUCCAAAGCCAACAUUAGCCUUGGAAUAUACUUUUGGAAGAAGGGCAAGGAGACACAAUGCACCUAAAGAUAUCACUCAUUUUUGGGAACUAGGUGGUGGAACUUCAUUACUGGAACUGAUUCAAAUACCAAUCACUAGCAACAACUUAAACUCAUUUGCUGUAGUUCUUGUGUUGGAUCUGUCCAAACCUAAUGAACUCUGGACUACUAUGGAGAAACUUCUGCAGGUCACCAGGCACCAUGUCAACAAAAUUUUAACCAAACUAGAAAAGACAAAUCCUGAAGUAGCUACUGAAAUUAAACAGAGGAUUCAGAACACUCUGCAGAAGGAUCAUCCAGAUUAUGAGUUAAUUGAUCCUUUUCCAGUGCCCUUGCUGAUAAUUGGAAGCAAAUAUGACAUUUUUCACGAGUUUGACUCUGAAAUGAGGAAAAUAAUAAGCAAGACGCUUCGAUUUGUUUCACAUUAUUAUGGAGCAUCAUUAGUGUUUACCGGUAAAUCUGAGGCUCUCCUGCUGAAAGCCCAUGUUCUUAUUAAUCACUUGGCAUUUGGCUAUGAUAAAAGCAAGUCUCUAUCAGUGGAUCACAGCAAACCCCUCUUUAUACCAGCAGGCCUAGAUUCACUGAGCCAAAUAGGACCACCACCUGCCUCUGACAGUGAUAUUGGAAAGAUGCGUGCAAAAACACCUUUGGAGCUGUGGAAAAAAGUAUUUGAGAAAGUAUUUCCUCCCAAGGUUUUCUGUGAUUUGCAAGGUACCAAGGACCCUGCACAGGAUUCACAAUAUGCUGAGUAUGAAGUUGAUGUCAUGAGAGCUCAGAAAAAACAGGAACUUGAACACUACAAAAGAAAUGCCUCUAAGUCCUGGAAAGAAAUGGAUUUUGGCUCUGAUGAAGUGCUCUAGGUGUCUUCAGUUUAACAUUUACAAAAUCAAUGUUUCUAACAUUGCACAAGCUAUUUAAUCUAGUGUAGUUGGCAAUGUACAAUAUCAAAUGACAACAUUAAUGUUUAUUAUGCAUUUCUAUUAUUAUUUGUAAUUAAAAGAGCUCCUUAAUCAUUCAGUCCAAAUUUAAGUAUCUCUUGGCCCCGAUACAGAGUUUUAAAAAGUGGGGAGGAAGAAAAUCUGGACUGUUCAGAGAUGAGUCUGAAUAUGAAGACAGGCAUUAGUCAC